CUACAUGUACACGUAGUUGCACGUACAGGCCUAGGAUCAUGAGCGGCACUAAAGAGAACAUGGAAUGUGAAAGGAAGCCUAAGGAAGAAGGCGAAUCUGCUUCUCGGUUGGUGACACACUGUUCUCGGUUGUAUGGAGGACAGUCCGACUUAUCUCAAAAUGAUCCAAGUAGUUUGGCUAAAUCAAGUGAUAUCAAUGAAGAAGGAGCAGCAUCAUCGGCUGUGCAACCUUUGCUACCACUAGAACCAAAUGAUAUAUGGCCAAUGUCUCAAGACGACUUAACAAAUAUUUUUGUUCAAGAAAAACGCAAAAUUUCAGAAAUAGUUGGUUUGGCUUUUGAACAUGAGCUUACUCAACACCACCAUACCUCAAGUAAGCAAAUAAAGAAAAUUGAGAGUCUCUCAAGUGGUCGACAUCAGUCAACAAUUCCACUUUGUGGUCCACCAUUUCCACGGCAGAUAAGCUGUGGGUUCUUCUGUGGUCGAGAAGGUGAAUUAAAGAGCUUAUUGCGCUACUUUACUGUUGAUUUGAAAGAAGGGAGACCCAGAAUAAAGGUUAUUGUAGGCUUUGGAGGCCUAGGAAAAACAUCUUUGUCAUUCAGAUAUGCAGAUUGCUACAGAGAGAGAUAUCCUGGUGGAGUCUUUUAUUUUGAUCUAGGGUCAUUAUCAACAUUUCACAAUUCAGUCAAAGACAAUCUUGUUGUCUUGGGACAUACUGUUCUUAAGCUUGAAAGCUUGUCACAGAACUUUGAAAGGUUGCAAAAACUUCUUCGACAUGGCGGUAAGAAGUGCCUCUUUCUCUAUGAUGGAGCAGACAAACUGCUGGUCUUUAAUGACUACAUUCCUUCUAUUGCUAUUGAUGUGAUUAUCACAACACGAAUGGCCAAUAUUAGCCAUCAUCAGCUUAGAGGAAACAGCACAGUUUCUCUGAAAGUUCUUGGUGUCAGUACGUCUGUGGAGAUUCUUAUCUCUGGCAUGUCAGGAUCAUCUGGUGAACGGUUGACUGUGGAUGAAUUUCAAAGAAAUAAUCCAGAGGAUUUUUGUUAUGCUCAGAAGAUUGCCGGUGAUGGAUGUCUUGAUGGUUUACCAUUGGCUUUACUUCAUGCUGCAAACUUACGAAGAAGCCAAGGUCUUUCAUUUAAGGAUCUUUGGGAGAGACUGCAAGACAAGAGCAUUAUUCAGCUAGAUCCAGCAAAUGUCAAGGAAUGGCUAAGAAACUACAAUCUAAAGCAAAUAGAUGCUAAACUAGCAUUAUUGCAUUUGGAGAGUCUGGAUGACUUGAGAAGACUCACUCCACAAGGUUUAGACAACAGUGAUCUCACUGUUGAUGAGAAAAAAGAGAUAUUGAAGGCACGAGAGGAACUGGUGAGAGCUCCUGCAUACAUAACAUGGAGAUUGGACAUUGAGUCUGCUUGUUUGGAGUCUUCACUGGCCAGUGAUCUUCUUCGUCUGUCAGCUUUAUUACCAUCAAAUGACAUACCUGAAGAUAUUUUAGUAAAAGGUGUCAUUUUGAAGAACAAAGGCUCUACGGAGACAGAAGUACGACGUGCUUUAGCUUGCAUUCUUUCUCACUCAUUGUUAACAAGUGGAGAGUCUUAUAUCUCCUCUGUUAAUCAUGCAGGUCGUACGUUUGCCAUGCAUCCAAUGAUUCAAUACAGUGUGUCUAAACAUCUUUUUCAAAGCCAAGAGCAACAUACGUCUCUCAUGUGUUUAGGAGCAGUACUUUGUAAAAUUUUGCCAUCAGCUACUGAUUUUCAGAAAGAACUUCAUCUAACUGAUGGCACUGUUGCACAAUAUGCCAAGCAUCUGUUUCAUGUUGCUCUGUAUAUAUGUAACAGCUCAGAGCUAUUGAAAAAACGUUGGCUAUGCAGAACCGUGGCAUUGGCUUCCAUUCUUGCAAUAAGACAAUAUGACACACAUAUUGCUGUGUCUCUUUGCAGUCGACAGCUUUUUGAUGCCCGAAAAAGGAGAGUUAGUAAACAGAAAUUGGCAGAUGCUCUAGUACAAACUGGUUCAUGUCACUCUAUUCUACUUGAAGCAGAAGCUGCCAUAACAUUGUUUAAGGAAGCUUUAGACAUUCUUGGUGAUCGUCCACAUAACAAACAACUUGCAUUUGCAGAGAAAUGGGGACAAGCUCUUUUUGAAAUCAUUCGUGGUUGUCGACUUUUCUCUGCUUUUGAUAUGAUUAAGAGCACUGCGAAGCGUCUGAGAAGUGGUCUGGAGUGGGCUGAAGCAACCAACUGUCAAAGCUAUGCUCAAAGUCUCAACUCAAUUGCCGUUGCUCUUCGUAUUCGUGCAACUGCAAGCAAUGCUGAAGAAAUAGAUCACUUGUCACAGCUAGCACUAACAGUUUAUAGAAAGUGUUUACCUGAAAAACAUCCUAACAUUGCAACAGAAUUAACGAACAGUGCUCAUGCUUAUUGCGACCAAGGAAUGUACUCAAAAGCCGAAAAUUUUGCCAAUAGAGCACUGGAGAUGCAGAAAAAGUGCCUACCACCAAACCACCACCACAUUGCAUAUAGCUGGUGGUUUCUAGGAACGAAUUACAUGCAUUGGGGUCGGCAUGAUGCUGCUGAAAUCUACUUGACAAAGGCACUUGAUUGUGUUAACUCUUACUCAGUUGUUACAUAUACUACACUUUACACUUUUCAAUCCGUAGCAGAGUGGUAUGCUAUGGGGAAGAAGACAGAUUUGGCCAUAAACUAUUUGGGAAAGGCAAAAGAUGUAAUGCAACAAGUAAUAGGAGACCACGACAAGCAUGCCAAGGCGAAAGCAUUGUACAGGUGUGGUCGUUGUUGGAUGUUGCUUCAUGAGGUACAGAAAGCUGAGCAAUUUUUGAAGGAAACUUUAGAUUUGCUUGAAGAUGAGCCUAAGGACAACUAUAUCAUAAUGCAAGCAAAGGGACUGUUGUGUCAGUGCCUUGUAGUACAACGAAGAUUUAGUGAGGCUGAGUCAUUGCUUACAAAUCUUCUCAAAGUUCAGGAUUCUUUCAAGUCACAGUUUUGCCCACAAAGAGGAGAAAAUCUGCACUGUCUUGGUGUUUGUCUAUUGGCACUGAAUAAUCCUGGUGAUGCAGAAACUUCAUUUAGGAAAGCUGUUGAUAUAAGAGAGCAGUACCUUGUAGCAAAUGACAAAAGAACAGGGGAAUCAUAUCAUCAACUUGCUAUUUGUCUCAAACUGCUUGGGAAACAUGAUGAAGCGAAACAGUUUGUAAGUCGCUCUUUGCACAUUGAAAGACUGCACAGCAAUGGUGGACUUGUCAACUACAAUGCAUCUGGAGUGCUCGCAAAGACAAAAUCGAUGCUGCUGAAUGCGUUGGCUAUGAUAUACUGGCAGAAGUUUCUACUUUUUGUGAUCAUUUUUACAAUUGCAACUAGUUUAUAUUUUGUCUAGUAAUAAAUUGUUGCAUUUGUUUGCUACUAAUUUUGAUUGUAUUUAGUAUUAUAUACUACUUUUACACUGCAGCUU